UGCACAUCUUUCAUAAGUCUCAACUUCUCUCUCUGAUCAACGAACUUUAAGAAAAAUGGAUGAAGAAUACAUUUACUGAAACAACAAAAGAAGAACCAUGUCCUGCUUAUUUCAUAUGCUUUGUGUUGUUUAUGGUGUUUUAUCUAUCAGAAGUAGUUUGGCUGCAAUCACAGCAACAAACUCUUCAUUUCCCAGAACCAGUUACACGUUCUAUCUUGAUUCAGGCCUUCCCUCAACAUGGUACAACAACAAUUCAGUGAUCAUGGACGGAUGGAAGAUGAGAGUUUUCCUCUUGAUACAAGGCUCCAGUCGCAACGUUGGAUUCUACUGCGGAUUUUAUUCCGAAGAAACCAGCGAUUUGUUCUCGUUCUCGAUCGUCGCCAUUGGAGGCGGAAGCCAAAAGGGGCAUGAUGUGGUCUGGUCAACAAAGUGGGACUAUGGUGUGAGAGAGAAUGCAUCUCUGCAGCUGAUUGAGGAUGAAGGCUUAGUACUGAGAGACUCGGAUGGAAAUCGAGUAUGGUCAGCUGAUAAUAAAUCCGGUAAGCCCGUGGUGGGAAUGAACCUUACUGAAGCAGGGAAUUUGGUGCUCUUUGGCAAUGAAGGAGCCGUAAUUUGGCAGUCCUUUGACCACCCUUUGGACACAUUGUUGAUCGGUCAGAGGCUAUACGAGGAUCAAAAACUUGUCGCGAAUCCGUCCAGGAGAAAUAGUCCCUUCUUUGCCACAUUACCAUCAGCUGCUAGAUUCUCUGCAUUUUUCAACACUAGUGAUGGUCAAACUCUGAUGUAUUAUCAGUUGGCGCUGGACAGAAAUUCGAGAAACCGGUCAGGACUACAAUAUGAUGAGGCUGGAAAAAGGGGAUUUGUUGUGAACUUGGGAAAAUCUGAAGCAUCAAAACCUCUUGACUAUAUUCUGUUUCUAAAACUGGGAACAGAUGGGCGUUUGAGGACACACUGGUAUGGUUCAGAGAGUGUUGAAGAUAAUAAGGACAUGGUCACCCAAGAAUGCGAGGCUUCGCCGAAAGGUUAUCUUCUUAAAGAGGUUAGGGACAUUAAUUACUCCAACUCCAACAAUGCAGAUUCUGCAACUGUAUCUAUUAGAACAGUAAACGAUUGCAAAAUGGCUUGUUUGCAAAGUUGUUCAUGCAUAGCAGUUGUCUUCAGGUAUGAGAAUGAUGUUUCUGAUGGAAAAUGUUAUAUGCCAUCAGAGAUAUAUUCGGUUAAUAGCAACAACAACAACAACAUAACAGAUCAAGGCAAAUUACAAGCAUUCAUCAAGGUACUAAAUCCUGAUGGGGCAUCUACUUCUUUGCCUGAGGUUCCUCCGUCAUCGUGGGUUGUGAGACAUCAAAAAGCUUUAGCAGCAAUACUAUCUGCUGGAGGUUUCUCCAUCAUUCUCAUAACUGUCCUUUGUAUUGUGAUGUUAAAGAAGAAGCGAAAGGAGGCAGAUGGGGAUGGAUAUCUCAAGCAAGUUCCUGGAAUGCCCUUGCGGUUUUCGUAUGAAGAAUUGGAAAUCGCAACGGAGAAUUUUAAAGAAACACUUGGCUGUGGUGGUUUUGGAUCAGUGUACAAAGGGGUGCUAGCAGAUGGCACAAGAAUUGCAGUGAAGCGGCUAAAUAAGAUGAGUCAAGGGAUGAGGGAGUUCUUGGCAGAAGUUGAGACAAUUGGAAGCCUUCACCACUUUAAUCUUGUAAGGUUGGUUGGAUUUUGUGAAGAAAAGUCGUGCAGGCUUGUAGUUUAUGAGCAUCUGAUUAAUGGGUCUUUAGACAUUUGGAUUUUCAAUAGGGACAAAGCACAUUAUCUAGAUUGGAAAACUAGAAAGAAGAUUAUACGGGACAUAGCCAAAGGGCUAGCUUAUCUUCAUGAAGAAUGCCGACAGAAGAUAAUACAUCUAGAUAUAAAACCACACAACAUUCUCUUGGAUGAAAAUUUCAAUGCCAAAGUCUCCGACUUCGGUUUGUCGACACUGAUUGAUAGAGACGAGAGUCAAGUGUUGACAACAUUGAGAGGAACUCCAGGAUAUCUUGCUCCAGAGUGGAAAGAGCUAAGAGUCACUGUGAAAGUUGAUGUGUAUAGUUUCGGGAUUGUUCUUCUUGAAAUUGUUUGCAAAAGGAGAAAUGUGGAAAGCUCAAGAUCAGACUCUAGCUUUCAUUUGCUCAAAUUGUUGCAGAAGAAGGCUGAAGAUGACCAGCUCAUCGACAUUGUGGAAGAUUUGGAUGAAGACAUGGAAAAUAAUAGGGAAGAAGUGGAGAGGAUGAUAAGGAUUGGAGCUUGGUGUUUGCAGAACGAUUAUAACAGAAGGCCUUUUAUGUCAACAGUUGUUAAGGUUUUGGAAGGAGUUAUGGAGGUGGACCCUAAUAUCAGCUAUGAGUUUUCUCAUGCACUUCAGGCCUCUACUGCUGUUGUUGCAGAUGAUCAUAUUACCGUGGCACCACAAGAUUCUAUCCUUUCUGGUGCAAGAUGAAAAGGUAAAACAAAAGGAAAUAUUCCCUCUUUCUUUUUUUUUCUCUUUUUGUUGGUUUGUUGAUUUUAUUAUUUUUGGUUUUCAAAGUUUGUAAUUCUACAUUCGUUUGUGUAAGAACUUGUUAAAUCAGUUUGUGAACAUCCAAACUCAUCUUCCAUGAGUUCAAGGUGCCAUCAUUUUACUGUGACUAUUUCAUUAAUAAGAAGUUGCACAAAGUUGUAACACGGUCCUCAGUUUGAUUCCCACUUUGAAGUUGAUACAAAAGCUUUUGUUUCAGACAUGACGGGACUUAAAUUUAU